AUGUUUAUAACCUCCCACAAUUCACAACAAAACUCUACAAGAAGUGUGUCAGCUCGCUCACUAUGUCAGCGCACACAAGCUGGGUACACUAACCGCUGGCAGCUGGAAGGUGCUUCAGGCAGCGACAUGUUGGGUCAGGCACAGGUUCAGAGGGCAGAGGAGUUUGGCGAUAAAUUGGCAGACAGAAAAAUUCUAUCAGCUGACCCCAUGGCACUCCACUGGCACGAGGGUGCCACUAGCUGCCCACAGUUCAUUUUGCCACGUCUCGUUCACCCGCUUUCUGCCAGCCGACGUACCAGACUCUGUAAAGAUGUCACAUGGUCUUCAAAGCUUGACAGUCCGGCGGAACAAUUUAACAUUUUGUCUCGCAGUGUGACCCAAAACGCUAAACCAGAUGCAGUGCUGGAAUGUCUGGGGGUCAGGUGGGAGCUGCAUUGCUCAGUCCUGAGUGGUUCAGAAAAAUUAUCUGAGAUGUAUACCAACAGCAAAAGACAGAGAGAUGUUCAGCUACAAGAGAGAGCUGUCAUUGGUAAAGAAAGCAGAGCUAGUAAGUCUACGUGUGGAAGAGGACUGGCCUACAGGAAGUGGCAUCUCAGUGGCCCUUUGAUUCUCCGACUGCCUGUCACAGAUGCCUCCAUCAAUAAAGAGGCUUUGUCUUUUGCCCUGCGGACAGUGUACGACCCAGAGGAACGCCCCAAUGAAUGGGGAGAGACUGUGCUCUCUACUGCCGCAUUACUGGGAAUCUCCAACCUCUUCCAGAAGUGUCUUAAAGAGAUGUUGACAAAUAUCUCAUCUUCUACUGUGUGCAGCUUUCAUCGAGUCUCCUGCAAGUUCAAAGAGACUAUUCUCCAGAGAGCAUGUGAGCGCUGGUUGGAGCUGUUCCUAGUGAUUGAACUCUCCUGCCACAUAAAACUCAGAGAUCUGCCCUUUGACCUCUUGCUGAAGACCCUGCUUAGUCCAAGACUGUUCACAUCUAACGAGUAUGAGGUCUUGAGAGCAGUGCUGUACUGGCUGUACCUGCAGUUAAACCCCUUCAGAGAGACCCUACCAGCCCAUAGCACCGUCAUCACCUUCUUCUCCAAGGAAACGGCUGUUUUCUUGGAACAGCCUCAGGGUCAAAAAUACAUCACUAUCUUUCAAGCUCUUCGUAUGCAUGGCAUUACUGAAUUGUAUUUGUUUUACAGGUCGAUGUUUAUAACCUCCCACAAUUCACAACAAAACUCUACAAGAAGUGUGUCAGCUCGCUCACUAUGUCAGCGCACACAAGCUGGGUACACUAACCGCUGGCAGCUGGAAGGUGCUUCAGGCAGCGACAUGUUGGGUCAGGCACAGGUUCAGAGGGCAGAGGAGUUUGGCGAUAAAUUGGCAGACAGAAAAAUUCUAUCAGCUGACCCCAUGGCACUCCACUGGCACGAGGGUGCCACUAGCUGCCCACAGUUCAUUUUGCCACGUCUCGUUCACCCGCUUUCUGCCAGCCGACGUACCAGACUCUGCAAAGAUGUCACAUGGUCUUCAAAGCUUGACAGUCCAGCGGAACAAUUUAACAUUUUGUCUCGAAGUGUGACCCAAAACGCUAAACCAGAUGCAGUGCUGGAAUGUCUGGGGGUCAGGUGGGAGCUGCAUUGCUCAGUCCUGAGUGGUUCAGAAAAAUUAUCUGAGAUGUAUACCAACAGCAAAAGACAGAGAGAUGUUCAGCUACAAGAGAGAGCUGUCAUUGGUAAAGAAAGCAGAGCUAGUAAGUCUACGUGUGGAAGAGGACUGGCCUACAGGAAGUGGCAUCUCAGCGGCCCUUUGAUUCUCCGACUGCCUGUCACAGAUGCCUCCAUCAAUAAAGAGGCUUUGUCUUUUGCCCUGCGGACAGUGUACGACCCAGAGGAACGCCCCAAUGAAUGGGGAGAGACUGUGCUCUCUACUGCCGCAUUACUGGGAAUCUCCAACCUCUUCCAGAAGUGUCUUAAAGAGAUGUUGACAAAUAUCUCAUCUUCUACUGUGUGCAGCUUUCAUCGAGUCUCCUGCAAGUUCAAAGAGACUAUUCUCCAGAGAGCAUGUGAGCGCUGGUUGGAGCUGUUCCUAGUGAUUGAACUCUCCUGCCACAUAAAACUCAGAGAUCUGCCCUUUGACCUCUUGCUGAAGACCCUGCUUAGUCCAAGACUGUUCACAUCUAACGAGUAUGAGGUCUUGAGAGCAGUGCUGUACUGGCUGUACCUGCAGUUAAACCCCUUCAGAGAGACCCUACCAGCCCAUAGCACCGUCAUCACCUUCUUCUCCAAGGAAACGGCUGUUUUCUUGGAACAGCCUCAGGGUCAAAAAUACAUCACUAUCUUUCAAGCUCUUCGUAUGCAUGGCAUUACUGAAUGGCAGCAUCUGCAGGAGCUGCAGAACAUCAGAGUCCUUCCUGAAUCCUGGCUGCUUCACAUCCUGUCUAAUCAUUACCACACUCUUUACAGCGGGGGCGACAUGGCUGUGACUGACUUCUCCAAACAAGCCAUCCGGUUUGGAAUGAUGUUUGAUAGGGAACCAGUGUGCUGCACUCAAACCAUCAGCCUCUAUGGCUUUUACUUUCUCCUCCAAGCUGCUAAAAUGGGCGAAUCACAUGCAUACAGCUUCUCCAUUGAGUCUGUCUACAAGGCUAGACACAACUUAUUUAGACGUAUGCAUGCUUGA